AUGCAGUUCUCUCUCGCCACCAUCCUCGUCGGCCUCGUUGCCCUUGCCUCCGCUGGCGUCGUUGAUACUGAGGGUGUCCGCAACGUUCCUCGCGAUGCCGUCCUCAUGACCCGCCAGAACCAGGGCCGCCCUGCCCCCAACGGCCAGUGCUGCGUCGCCGGCGGCAACCUCAAGCAGGAUGCCUGCACUGCCAGCAACGGCCAGCAGGGCCGCUGCGUUCCCGGAGGAAACAACUGCGGAGGAGCGCUUAGCUGUGUUGCCCAAGGCAGCCUGACCUGCGAUAACAACGUCAUCGAGCGUGGAAACACCCUUUGCCGUGCCAACGCCCCGGCGGAGGCCUCUUUGAUGGCGCCAACAUCAUCCAGAACCUUGGUCAGGCUUCGGUAA